AUGGCUCUAAAGCAAUGUAAAGUCAAGACUACUUCGAAGCCAGGAUUUUUCCUCGUUGGUUAUGUACUUAAGUCAUUCACAGCUGAAAGAUUGGCAUUUUGCUACAGUACUUGUAGCACGGAUCCGUCUUGUCAAAGUUUAAAUUAUAACCUCGCUUCAAAAACCUGCCAAUUGAAUUCAGAAUCAAGGAAAAGUAAACCUGACAGUUUUCACGCGAGCGAUGGUUACGUUUACUCUGAUAAUCCUGAUCGGGGUAAGAGUUUUAAAGCAAUGAUCUGAUAAUAUAUGAAAAAAAUGUCGCCAACAAUUCUCUUUCACGAUUGCUUAAGUAAUUCAGCUGGUUUCCUGCAAGUGAGGACAGUUUUCCUUUUUUCUCUCGGGGUCGGGGGUGUAUUGCUUAUCUGAUAGUUUUGGAGCAGUGUUGCUCAACCUUUGAUUUACACAUGUCGUAUGUAUGUUGUAAGUUCUCUUGAUGUAGCUGUUAUGCCUGGAGCGAGGAGAGUUCGAUCAAUAUUACUGUCAAGGAAAAGCAACGUCAAAUACACUCAUAGAUAAACUUAUAAACGAAAGCAUAUUUCCCGAGACGCCCGCCUAACAGUGGUAGAAAUUGCGAAUCUAGAUUUCCUCCUAUAAACCUUCACGGGGAAUAACUGUUGUAAUACAAAACUUAUAUUCGCUGGAAGGUGAGAGUAACGUUUCAAUGUCCAUUAUAUUAAGCAUCUUGUGUUCGCAAAAAAAAAAAAAAAAAAAAAAAAGGAAAACCUCCUUCCCCCCUAUAGUGAGUUAUUCAUUCAUUUAUUUGCUUAUUUGUUCAUCUUUUCAUCAAAAAUCUUGUUACCCGACACAUUUGAAAUUUCCUCUUAUAAACCUUCACGGAAUACAACCGUUGCAACAAAAAACCAAUGUUUCCUGGGAGGCGAGAAUUACGUUUCACUUUCCAUUAUAUUAAGCAUAUUUUUUUCCGAAUCAAAAGUCUCAUGUUACCCGAAACAUUUGAAAUAUAAGCCGGAAGAAAAGAAGCAAUCACGUGACGCAAUAUAUAUAUAUAUAUAUAUAUAUAUAUAUAUGUAUUCAUCCCCCAGCUUUACGCAAAGAAAUUUUGUAUCAAGGACCGUCAUCAAUCUUGAUCAAGUGUCAUACUAUUGACAGAAUUUUCCUGGUGUUUUGUUCUAAAGGAAAGAAAGGGUCCUUGCCCACGGUACCAGGCUUUUCAUGUAGAAAUAUUGACGAAAAUGGAGAUCUGGACUCAAGCGGCGUUUAUUGGAUUCGACCUGCAGGGUCUCUUGUCAGUUUCCAAGGAUACUGUGAUAAGUCAGCUAUUGGACGUAAGUUUACCGAUCGAUCAAACAAAUUAAUUAUAAACGAUAACUAGGGGUAAGAUAAACAUAGGCAUGUAUGCAUGCAAGAGUUAUUUUUUGGGGGUGGGUAGAUUACUUGAAACAUUGUAAUUUUAAAAACAUUUUACAUUGUUAACGUGGAAAAGAACGAAAAUGUCGAGUUAACUUACAUACAGCUAUUUUGUGGUAGAUUGCGUACUGCAUAAUGGCGAGUAACUGUUGCCAAAAAUAAAUUGUAUUGGUGCCACGGACACCUGUUAGUACAAAAUGCAGACUGCAGACUGCCGACUACAGACCGGAUACAAAAUGUAGGCUAGGUACAAAAUGUAGACUAGGUACAAAAUGUAGACUGCAGACUGCAGAGUGAAUAAUGCAGACUGGGAAUCUAAAGAUUUUUUUCUUCUGGUAUGUGAUAACAUGUCAUCCUACAACUUACCGAGCGUCACGCAAUCGCUUUUCCGCGAUCAGCUUUCACGAUUAUUAACACUAUUGUUGAAUAUUCCUGGCCCAUUUCUUGAUCAACAUCGAUCUUAAUAUAAUUUCAAGCCUUCAUAUAGUCUUCUCACUUUUCGCGCAAGUUGGUUGGUGUGAUGUCCGUACAGAUUUUAUGAAGGUAGUAAAAGUAGAUGUAGAUGUAAAUGAGAUGUCACUAUUAAAUAUUUAAUACGCGUAACAUUCGAGAAACAAUUGACAGCUUUGCACGUGGUCCGUAUUAUCAUCUUUUUGAGCGGUAUGUGUUUAUUUUGUUGACAAAAAUGCGGACCGAGACCAAAACUGUUCCUCCGACUUGAUAAAUUUUCGACGUUAGUAGAUCACAUCGUAUUAACUUACCUCCGUAAAUCAUUUAUUCCAGAUAAUAAAAUCAAAUAAACGUGGCAACGAUGGUAUUUGAAUUCGUCCUUGGCCAAACACUAACGACUCCACAAGAUCACUUUCUCCAGGCAUCGAAAACAUACACAAAAUCGUCCAUAGUUAAUUUUAAUCAGACAUUCAUCUAGAGAUAGCACCGAGCAAACCAAUCCAGAAAAAUAUAAUCGGUACACUUAACAAAUCAUGAAUCUUGCAACACAGCUUGCCGUUAAAGACCUGCUCAAAUCAAAAUGUUUAUUGGUGCAAUUCAUCAACACCUCAAGCAAUAUUUGAUUCAAAAUUUUUCCACUCACCCUCGUCGUGAAGGAACAAUAACCAUCAUCAUGCAACAGUGCACAGGACUCCAUUUUCUCUCGAACAACUAUCCACCACUUUCAUAGCAUGAGUAACACGUUUACUAUAGGUAAUCUGAUAUCUUUCAGCUGUCCAGUUGUAUCGCAUUUCUCUUAAAGCGCGGUAAAAUACACGUUAAAAACACAGAAAAACCAACAUUUCUCAUUCUAAAAGAUGAUUCCAUUUUACGAACCGCUCUCUCCGAAUCCCCGAUUACUUCGUUGAAAUUUGAACACUCUCAAACCAAAGAACAAAAACGACGCUCUGAUUAGUGUGAGAUACAUACCCUAAACGAUCUGAUCUGUGCAAGCAACAUACCACUCUCUAAACGCUAACAUAUAUGUUAUUUAAAAAACAAAUAAAUAAAAUAAAAUAACUCAAAAAUAAUGUGGGCUUUCUUAAAAGUUGAUUCAAUGGAUUGUCAUUGAGCCUUAAAUAUAAUUUCUUGCAACGCAAAUUAUUAAAAAAAAAACAACAAACAGGCAGUAAAAAAACAAAAAAGCAAAAAACGCAAAACACAACAAAGCAAAGCAAAAGAAGAAAGAAAAAAAGAAAACAUACUCUGCAAAACAUUUACCACAACGAUCCCAUGGAAUUUCAAUCUUAUCUGUUUCAUUUCAUUUUGACGCUUUUUCUGUCAUUUUACGGAACAGGUUAUUCCGUCUAAGAUUUGAUCGUAUAAUCAUGUCACACCAGACCAUAGGCUUAAUGUCACUUCUACAUCUGUAAGCGAUAUUACUGUUCGUAACACAACAGAAUUGGUAGCAUGUUUGUGCCCACUCAAUUGCAUUCUACAUGAAGACAGAGAGGUUGUUAGGAUGUUAAUUUUUUUCUCCCUGUACAAGAAUGGACGAAGGUAACUCAGCAAUGGAUCAAGCAAACUUUUAAAGAUGGAGUGACGCUGACCUACGCUGAAGAAAAUGACGGGCUCGUCAUUUCAGGCCAGGUGACCAGAAAUGCGUGUGGUUAUGGUGAACCUCCCGGGGCUCUGACCCUGAUUAAAGGCUAUUGGACCAGGAUAAAAUACACUCAAGAGUUCCGUGGAAUAGCUUCGUGUUGGAGCAUAUUUGGAGAUAACAGGUUUGUAUAUAUACACAUGUACAUUGAAAUCGUUUCAGUACCAGAAUGUUGCUCGACAAUUUAAUGAGCCUGAAAUAAGCUGCAGGAGCUUGAAAGUAAAGUGCAAAGGUUAUGAAACUCGAGAGAAGUUGAUUAUGUUUUUGAAUUCUAGGUAUGGUCGAACUUCAGUUGGAAACAAAUCAACAGGUGUGCAUCCCCUUGAUUCCUCUCAAGGAGAUUCCAUCACAAAUGAAUACUUCAUGGGUGGAGAUUGUGAGUAAAGCGUUUCUCUGUUUCUUUCUUAUUUUCUCUUGAGAUACAGUGCUAUUUCAUCGCCAUUUCUUUAGGUUGUCAUUUUAUAUUUCCUUUGAUUUCCACCAAGUUUGCCGUAAAUAUGUCUCCAUGAUAAACAGAAAGCUAUUGAGAUGGACAGUUCCUCAGAUAAAAUCCUCCUUAUGAAAUUGAAGAGAAAAAAAAAAGAUAGGGUGGGAGUGGCAUCCAUCAGCCCCCACUUCCCUCCCCCUGUACUUCCAAAAGUUAAAGUUACUAUCACGGCAGUUAAGGAUCCACAAAUUUGUUCAACGAAGAGAAAAUUAAAACAAAACAAAAACAAGUUACGAAACCUAAAAUACCCUGAAUUUUCGGGAUCAAAAUUCUCGUCAACUUAGAUAAUUAAAAGAUAAUUUCUAGCUCGAGUUUUUAAACUUUUGUUUUAUUUUAAUCUUUUAGCUCACAUCUUUGAUGGUGAAACAACAAAGUGCGUCGAUGUAAACACAAACUUUUGGCAUAACAAUAACCCCAGUGUACGCUAUGCAACGGUGAUUCUCAGGAGAGAUCUGAGUGCAGAAAAUGCCGGUAUUUUUACCGGCACAUCGUGUGGCACACCAACGUACAAGAUAAAGGAUAUUUACGUAUACUUUUAA